AUGGACGACGCCCGAGCCGCGAGUCCUGCGUCGGAGGCAGGCACGGCGGACGAGCUGCUGGACCGGCUCUUGCAAUGUGAUGCUCAGCUCGUGGAGCUGCUUCGUACGGCCUCACGCGCGAUGCUGGCGCUCUCGGACGAGUCACCCGCCACAUCGUCCGAGGACGACAUGACGCAGUGGUUUGCUACACUCCACGACAUACAGAUCACGCUGCGGCAUGCGGCGCAUGCGCUUCGACAGGCGCGACUCCCGCCCGUUCUGUCGCCCGCCGCCGCCCAGGCGCGCUUGCGGGGAGAAGUCGGCGUCGCGGGUCUAUCGCACACACAGACAUCGUCUGCGCCAUACAGUCUGUCCACCCUUCGCCUGCGUGAAUGCGCAUGGCGCCGUGUGGCCGAGUCCUUGGCGCGCGCUCAUCACGAUGCCCAGGCGCCUCUGGUGGCGUCGCUGGCGCGCGGAGCUUCGCUGGCAAGCGACACGUGA